AUGUUAAGAAUUGGCCAGAAGGUGUCGGACGUUCGUUUAGAAACUACUGCGGGCAACUUCGGCGUACAUGAAUACUUCAGAGGCAGGUAAGUUACGAUGAUGUACAUGCGGUUUUCGGAAUUUUGCAAUUAAUAUUGUAACAAAAAAAUAACAACUAUCAACUGAACUCCGUUCAGAAUCGUUUUUUUCGUUAACAUUGGUUAAUCGUUGUGUACAGACAUACAUUAAAUUUCCCUUCUACCACCUUCCCAAUUUCCGACCUACAAUAAUGACCCAUCCACGUGCGAAGUAUGUCCGUCUUUUUAAUUUUUAAACAUUAUUAUGACCAUACAAUUUUAAAAAAAUCAUCAUUUUUGUUAUUUAUUAUAUGUUUUAUAGUUGGGGUUUAAUAGUAUGCUAUGUAACUAAUUUUUCUGCUGUAUGUGCUGAUGAGCUGAGUCAAUUGGUUUAUAAAUUUCAUGAGUUUAAGAGUCGUAAUGUCAAAAUAUUAGCCAUGUCGUGUGAUUCUGUUGAAUCUCACAUCAAAUGGAUAGAGGUAAAAAAAAAAUCUAUAUUCUGAUGAUAGCAGAAGUACAGCAUAACAUCGAUAAGUAUAUUUAUAAUAUAAUAUAUUUUAAUUUAUAAGUAUACCUAUUGGCUAUUAUAUCUUAAAAAUAUUGAAAUGUAAACAUUAAUAAAAAUAAAUUUGUCCAUCUACAAUGUUAUUACAGGAUGUAAAAAAAAUUAGCGGAAUUAAAAGUGUCAAAGAACAAUUAUUUCCGUUUCCAAUUGUGUCAGAUCGUAAUCGUAUGCUUUCGUUGUAUCUUAACACAUUGGAUGCAAACUGUACUGACGAAGAUGGUAUACCUUUACCUUGUAGAGCUACAUUUAUUUUGGCGCCCGAUCUCACUAUUCAACUGAUACACUUUUACCCGCAGACCAUUGGACGUAACUUCGAGUAUUUAUUUAGAAAACUGUUAUAUUUUUUUAAGAUAUUGACAAUGAAUAAUUUGCUUUUUAGUGAAAUAUUUAGAUCGAUAGACGCAUUACAACUGUCAUACAAAUUCAGCAACACGGUGUUUACUCCUUCUGGUUGGAAAGUGAGUACCUACGUAAAAAUCUAAAAUCUGUCUCGUAACUACAAAAAGAGAUUACUCAAUACACCGGGUUUGCGCAUAGCGACUGCGAAAACGUUUUCCACCAUAAUGCGGGCACCAGUAAACCGGUUACUAUAGCAUAUGCGCGGAAACGAACAAACACUGGUCGGCCAGCCAAUGUAAUAUGUAUGUUUUAACAUUGUAAUCAAUGGCUUUAGUACAUUUUCCGUACGCAAUAUUUCAUAAAUAUUUGAUUUAAUUUGGCUUGAUUUUACUUGUGAAAAUGAAAUUUAUGGGCUGUUGACUUAAGUCUAGUGGGUACUAUAAAUAAUAAAUCUGAAGUCGGUCAUUUUCAAAACAAUUUUUGGCAAAUAAUUGGCAAUAUAAUGUCAUAAGCAUAACUUUCAAUUGUUAUAAAACUAAUAAUUUUGUAUUUGUCAUUGUCAACCGUAAUAUAAUUAUGAUUGACACAAUUCCACUAGGUCUAUUAUAAUAAUAUUAUUGGUAUCUUUAUCCAUAUGUACGUCUAUUAAAAUUAUAAUAAUGUUUUAUCAGUAUGUUUUCUGUAGUUAUUAUUUGUGCUAAAUGGCUUAGCCGGUGUAUUUUCUUAAUAAAUAAAUACGUUAAUACAUGAUAAAUUCAAUAUUAUUAUUUUUAAAAUUUGUAUCUCUUAGCCAAUCACGGAUUGCAUGGCAUCACCGAAAAUAAGUAGACAUGACAUUGAAAAACAAUUUCCUUCUUCGAUGAUUAUUGAACUACCAUCUGGAAAAGAAUAUAUGUGUAUUGUUCCAAAAGAAGAAAUUAAAAGCACCCAAAAAACACAUGAAAAAUGA